GUAAAAGAGGGUGUCGAGCAGCACAAUAUAAAACUUCAAGCAGUUGGAAAAGAAGAUUGGAAAAAGUGGAUAUAGUGAAUCUGAAUCGCGUUUUCGGUAGCAAAAAAGAUGAAAGAAAUUCAACAAAAGUGAUCACGACGUUACAAAAAGCUAAAUAAAUAAAUAGAAAUAAGCAAAAAGAGAAAAUAAAUGUAAAGUUAAUAAAGCAACUGCCCUCAUUUCUAUGGGAAAGAAUUAAGGUGUGAAAAAGUGCAAAGAAGAAGUUACAACAAAAAAAAAGCAAAAAGAUUCAAUUGCAAUUCAUAAGACAAGAGAGAGAAAACAAAGAGCGCAGAGGAUUAACCAACGGCGACAACGUCGAAGGAGAAACAACACGGCAGCUCCCCAAGUACAAUCGCCGCCGCCACCACCAUAACCAAUACCACCACCAACAGCAACAACAAAAGAAUACAUCAGCCCCACUUACAAAAGAAAAGAUGUCAACAGGAAGACCCAUCAAAUGUGUUGUCGUUGGCGAUGGCACGGUCGGCAAGACAUGCAUGUUAAUAUCAUAUACCACAGACAGUUUUCCCGGUGAAUAUGUGCCUACAGUUUUCGAUAACUAUUCAGCGCCAAUGCAAGUGGACACAAUACAGGUAUCGCUGGGCCUAUGGGAUACUGCUGGACAAGAGGAUUAUGAUAGACUCCGACCACUCUCAUAUCCACAAACUGAUGUUUUUCUGAUAUGUUUUUCAGUGGCGAGUCCAUCAUCAUUUGAAAAUGUCACCUCAAAAUGGUAUCCCGAAAUAAAACAUCACUGCCCAGAUGCGCCCAUAAUAUUAGUUGGUACCAAAAUUGAUUUACGCGAAGAUCGCGAGACCCUCAGUGCACUGGCAGAACAAGGAUUAGCGCCAUUAAAACGAGAACAAGGACAAAAAUUAGCGAAUAAAAUCAGAGCUGUUAAAUACAUGGAAUGUUCAGCACUAACACAACGAGGUCUAAAACAGUUAUUCUUGUUCCGUUUUGCAUUUUGCUAAUUUCCCAUUUAUUUUUGAUUUUCCCUUCAAUUUCCUACAAUGAGUGAGAACCGCUUUUCUUUUGGAAACUAAUCAAUACUACAACCACCACAACCACGCCCAUUAGUUGUUAAACAAUUUUCUAUUGAAUUCGUAAUAAUUAAAAGAAAAUCUAUAUAAAAACAAAGCCUAUAUUAAGAAAAGAAAAAAAAAGAAAUCAUAUUUUUUGUUUAUUAAAAAAAGCUUAUCUAGUCAAUUGAAUAUUUGUUUACAUUAAAUCAUAAAACAUUAAAGAGAAAAGAAGAAAAAAAAAACAAAAACAAUACAAAUCAAAGUAUUCUAAAGAGCAAAGAGCAACAAGACAAAAAAAAACAGAAAAAUGCUAAUUAUAAUAAUUCAAAAAGAAAAUUAAAGAAAAUCAAUACAUUCUUCAUUAAAAAAAUCGUAACUUUAAUUUUGUCUUUUUUUUGUGCGCAUAUCAUUAAACUUUUUACCAUUUAAGUUUUCUAAUUUCACCCUUAAUUCCUUUCUCUUCAUACUUUUCUCAACUUUAUUUGCAAUGAUCGAAUAAAUAAUACUAAUUUCUAUACAAAAAAUAAUUAAUUAAGAAAAAUAUUGAAAAAAACAACCAAGCAAAUAUUAAGCACAAAUUAUUUAACUUGAACACAAUGAAAACCGAAAAAGCCAAGGCAGCUUUUGCUUGCAACCGAAUAAUAAUGACUUAUUUUUCUUUCCAUAUUUUAUUGUAACAUUUUUAUUGUUAUUAUGAUUUUACAAUGUAUUUUGCUCUUUUAAAUAAACAAUAUUUAUAUGAGAAUAAAA